AUGGCUUUUGAAAGAAUGAGGCAGCAUGAGUUGAAGAUAAAUCCCUUUAAGUGCGCCUUUGGAGUUUCAGCUACAAACUUCCUAGGUUUUUGUGUACACCAAAGAAGGAUUAAAAUAGACCAAAACAAAACAAAGGCCAUUAUUGAAGCAAAGUCACCGGCCACUAAGAAAGAGCUACAAAGAUUUCUUGGCCUGGUUGGAUAUUUGAGGCGGUUUAUUGCAAACCAUGUUGGAAAGACUCAUGCUUUCUCCCCAUUAUUGAAAUUGAAAAGAGUUGAAGAAUUCAAGUGGACGAAGCAGCACCAGCAAGCCUUUGAAGGGCUGAAAAGCUACCUGACUAACCCUCUAGUAAUGAUGCCUCUAAUAAAAAAGCGGCCUUUAAAGUUAUACUUAUCGGCUGUUGAUGAAUCAAUUGGAACUCUUCUAACCCAGAACAAUGAAUGGGGAAAGGAGCAAGCUAUUUAUUAUCUAGGUACAUAUUGGAAAGGCGGUUAA